CUUUUUCCUUGUUCUCGUUAUUAGGUGUCUCUUCCAUCUUUCCCUCAGCCACCAUUCGUCACAUCUGUUUCCCUGCACGUACAUUUCUACACUGUCACUGUCUAUACCUGCACAUACAUGCCAUUGAUCCCGUCUACAUAUGCACACACCUACGCGUUUUGAGUAAGUCUGCUGACCUGCCGAAAAGCCGAAAAUCAAUUCACCCCAUCUGCCAUUGUUCCUGGGGCAUCUCCAUACAGCAUUGAAGCUGUCCAUCAACGACAAUGGCUUCCACUACGACGGGACAGGAAGACCUCCAUCGUGAGAAGGAAGUCCCCGCGGUCACUUCAGAUCCAGAAGCCGGUCAGGAAGUCCAGCUCACUGGUAAACCCUGGAUGUACAAGCCAAUCAAGAUCGGUCCCUGGUCGUUGCCGUACUUUGCCUCCCCAGAAUCCCAGCUUCUGCUGGUCUCCUUCGUGUGUUUCCUCUGCCCGGGCAUGUUCAAUGCAGUCAGCGGUUUGGGCGGAGGUGGUCAGGUGGACCCUACCGAUGUCAGCGAUUCCAACACCGCUCUGUACAGCACCUUCGCAGUAGUUGGUUUCUUCGCCGGGUCCAUCGCAAACCGCAUUGGUCUCCGCCUGACUCUCUCUAUUGGUGGCUUUGGCUACUUCCUCUAUGUGGCCUCCCUUCUGUCGUACAACCAUAACAAGAACUCCGGCUUCCUGAUCUUUGCGGGCGCGCUAUUAGGUGUCUGCGGUGGUCUGCUGUGGUGUGCGCAGGGUGCGGUCAUGAUGAGUUACCCGAACGAGAAGGAGAAGGGUAAAUUCAUUGCUAUUUUCUGGGUGAUUUUCAACCUGGGUGGUGUGAUUGGCAGCUUGGUACCUUUGGGUCAAAACCUGCACUCUGAAGCUGGUCAGGUGAAUGACGGCACCUACAUCGCCUUCAUGGUGCUCAUGGCGCUUGGCUUUGUCCUUGCCUGGGCCCUCUUAGACUCGAAGUAUGUUAAGCGCAAGGAUGGCUCGCAUGUCAUUGUGAUGAAGAACCCCACGUGGAAGUCCGAAUUGAAAGGUCUCUACGACACCAUUCGGACCGACUACUACAUCAUCCUGUUCUUUCCCAUGUUCUUGGGGAGCAACUGGUUUACUGCCUAUCAAUUCAACAGUGUCAAUGGUGCUUUUUUCACCAUCCGGACGCGGGCCCUCAACAAUCUCCUCUACUGGCUUAUGCAAAUGAUUGGCGCAUUUGUAUUCGGCCAGAUCCUCGACUUGAAGUUCCUUACCCGCCCAGUCCGAGCCAAGCUCGGUCUUGGACUCCUUUUUGCCCUCACAAUGGGCGUUUGGGGCGGUGGUUAUGCUUUCCAGAAGACAUACACCCGGAAGGAUGUCGAGGCAGAUACCGACUGGACGACCAGCGGCUAUGUCGGGCCCAUGUUCUUGUACAUGUUUUAUGGUUUCUAUGACGCUGCCUUCCAGACCUGUGCUUAUUGGUUCAUGGGUUCACUGACUAACAACGCUCGAAAGUUGGCCAACUUCGCCGGUUUCUACAAAGGCAUCCAGUCUGCUGGUGCAGCUGGCAUGUGGCGCAUGGAUGCCGUGGGAACCCCUUACAUGACGGAAUUUGCCUCCUGCUGGGGCUUGCUCGCCGGCAGUCUUGUCAUUGCGUCGCCCGUAGUGUUCUUGAAGAUCAAGGAGCAUACCGACGUCGAAGCGGACCUCAACUUUUCGGAUGAGACCGCUCAAGAAGUGGGUGUCCCGCUGGAAGACCAUCCUUCCGAGAAGAAGCAGGAUCCAGAGUUGGCCAUCGUGAAAUGAUGACUAAGCUUUCUUAUUUUUACACGCAUUCCAUUUCAGCGGAAAGAGGUUGCUGGAGUUCCAUGAUGGCCAGGCAUUAGCCUCUGUGUUUUUGGUGCCACAGCAAGUUACGAAUAUCCGUAAUGGACUUAAUAUGACAUGAAUCUUUAAAGUCGCUGCAA